AUGACAGCGCAGCCCGAUUUCCGCCAAGUUGCGGGUGCCUUUACUACACUUGCUGAGCAGAGUGCUUUGCUACCCAAUCUUCCGGCUCUUGAUGGCGGCACUCAAAUACUUGCGGCACUGGAGCGUCUGCAGCAGGGAAUGACGCGGUUGGAACGCCGCUUUGAUGCUUUGGAAGACCGGUUUGGUGCCUUGGAAGUCAGGCUUGAUGCAGACGAUCGACUGCGCGCCAAGACGCUCGGAUUGGGCUUCGCGGUCAACGCAUUCAUGAUGUGGGCUUUCAACUUUGUCGUGCCGUACAUGUUCAACGCAGACCAGGGUGACUUGGGCGGCAAGAUCGGGCUAUUAUUUGCCGGGUUCUGCGUUGUUGGCUUUGUCGUCUCGUUCUUUGAGAUCCCCGAGACCAAGGACAUCACGUACGGCCGCAUCAACGAGUUGUUCCAGACCCGGACGCCCGCGCGGAAAUUCAGGGCCAUGGCCGUGUCCUAUGAGGCGGAGGACGCCGCUGCGACGGGCGCCGCGUAG